GUAUUGGACAAAGUAGCUUGAGUUGAUCAGAACGAAAGCUGAAAUAAUUUCAGCCUUAAUUUAAGGAAAAAAUUUAAGAGUUGACAAUAACUUAUCUGAUUUUUUUAUUUUCGUUUUUAUGUCUAAUAGAUAAGCUGUGCCUUGAAGUGAGCCAAUAUUGUAUGGUGGGCUGAAAGAAAAAAGGAGAAAUAGCAGGCGGCUACUGAGUCUUAGAUAGUAAAAGAAAAUCAUUCUAUAAAAACAUUCUGUGCUUGUCUGGGCAUGAACAAAAAUAUUUAUGUUUUGGUGGCUAUGCGUCUACCAGCUGAUUCACAUAAUAUGGAGCCGUGAGUUAAUCUGGCCAUUGUCUUUAGUAAAAACAAAACUUUUAAUUUUAAUAAUACAGUCGUCGUAAUCAUUGUUCUAGUUUCUGGUGCCUAUAUUGGUUCUAAUGUCCACUGAGAUUACUGACGUUUAACGUUAGAUUCCUGUUGACAUAUAAUUGUUUUCUGUAAUAGUAGUCAACCGAGAAAAAAGAUUAUAUUUUUCGUCGUAAAACUCGUCAUUAAAUUUAUAUAAAAUGUGUCAUUAUAUAAUAUGUCCUUAAUUUAACAGCUUCACCAAAUAUAAUAGUGUGGCAAUCACAAUAGCAAUCAAAUUUACUAAUAAUAUUUAAAAAAACAAGUUAUUAUGACGUAAAACAAAUACGAAUAUAUUGACUUUCAUUCACCAAUGGUGAAAAAGUCAACUCGAAGGUAUGCUAUAACUCAUGUCUUCGAAAUAGUGCCCUAACCCACAACAGAGUCUUAUCUAAGAAUAACAAUAUGACGGAAUCUCAGCGGCCGAAAGAAAGAAUUGAAAUGAUCACUCUACACAAGAUACUAUUUGUUUUUUGCUUUUUGUCUUUAUCGCUAAACUAUUAUAUAUCGACAAAACCUAUGCUAGAAAUUGAAAACCCAGCUUUUUCUCUGAUUCAACCUAAUGAAACGAUCACUUCGAAAUUUAGUGAUAAUUACGACCAGUUGAUUGAUAUAAAGAAAUUCUCAUUCAAAAUCAAUCCUAAACCAUGUAAACGUUACCCAGAAGGUUUUCUACUUAUGAUAAUAGUUUCCUCCAACCCCUUGAAUUAUGAAAACAGGCUUGUCAUCAGAAAAACGUGGGGACAGACAGAUGAGUCCACGAACAUUGUAUUUUUGGUUGGAGAGACAGAUAAUGUUACUGUAUCGCAGAAAAUACAGGAAGAAAGUGUGACAUAUGGUGAUAUAGUGCAAGGUAACUUUAAAGAUGCAUACCAUAACAUGACUUAUAAGCAUGUUAUGGGACUGAAAUGGAUUUCACAUCAUUGUAUGAACUCAAAAUAUAUUUUAAAGACUGAUGAUGAUAUAGUAGUGAAUGCUGAUGAGUUAAAGAGAUUUUUAGUGAGAAGAUUGUCUCCUUGGGGAGCUAAAGGUUUGAUAAUGUGUAAAGUUGCAAAACAUGCCUUAGCACAGAGGAGACAGAGUUCAAAAUGGAUGGUUACACUUGAGGAAUACCCUAUGCCGUUUUAUCCUGACUAUUGUCCAGGCUGGGCAAUUUUAUACUCCAGAGAUGUUGUACCUCGUUUACUGGAAGCAGCACAAAACACACCUUACUUCUGGAUAGAUGAUGUGCAUAUAACUGGAAUUUUAGCACAGAAGAUUGGGGUACCGAGAACAAGUAUAACUAAUUAUGUAUUGACUGAAAAAAAAGCUGAAUUGUUAGUGAAAUCAGGAAGGCAGAAUAUAGGUCGAUUCCUGUUUGGGCCACCCAAUUUAAAAGUUCAAAGGAUGUCUGCAUUAUGGCGCGCCAUAUCUCAAUCUUGUCAUAUUUAG